GCUCAUCCAUGAAGAAAAGAAGAAGAAGAAGAAGAAGAAGAAGAAGAAAGUAACAUUUUUCGAGAUGGGUCUUUCGAAGGAGAAUAUGAAAGGUCUCAUUCUGGCUUUGAUAUCAAGUGGAUUCAUUGGGGCAAGCUUUAUCAUUAAGAAACAAGGUCUCAGAAGAGCUGCAGCUGUUUCUGGUGUCAGGGCUGGUGUUGGUGGGUAUUAUUAUCUCUUGGAGCCUCUAUGGUGGGUGGGGAUGACCACAAUGAUUGUAGGAGAGAUUGCAAACUUUGUUGCAUAUGCAUUUGCCCCAGCUGUGUUAGUUACCCCUCUUGGUGCAUUAAGUAUUAUUGUGAGUGCUGUUUUGGCUGACUUUAUUCUGAAAGAGAAGCUGCACAAUCUUGGGAUAUUGGGCUGUGUGAUGUGCAUUGCUGGUUCUGUCAUUAUUGUUAUUCAUGCUCCUAGAGAGCAACCAAUUAAAUGUGUUCUGGAAAUAUGGAAUAUGGCUACUCAACCAGCAUUUCUGGCAUAUGUGGGCUCUGUAAUAGUAUUGGUUUUCAUUCUGGUCUUCCAUUUUGCACCAAGAUGUGGACAUACUAAUGUGCUAGUUUUUACGGGCAUUUGUUCAUUGAUGGGUUCUCUCUCUGUGAUGAGUGUUAAAGCCCUUGGAACUUCUUUGAAAUUAACUUUUGAAGGGAAAAAUCAGUUAACUUACCCAGAAACAUGGUUUUUUUUGUUAGUUGUGGCUAUAUGUGUCAUCAUGCAAAUGAAUUAUCUUAAUAAGGCUCUUGACACCUUCAACACAGCAAUUGUAUCUCCUAUAUACUAUGUCAUGUUCACAACACUUACAGUACUAGCCAGUGUGAUAAUGUUUAAGGAUUGGGAUGGCCAAAGUGGUGGAACUAUUGUGUCAGAAAUAUGUGGCUUUAUUGUUGUUCUCUCUGGCACAAUAAUGCUACAUGCAACCAAGGACUUUGAGAGAAGCCCUUCCUUCAGAGGUAUGAAAAAUUUGAUAAUACCACUUCGUUCUGCUGCCACUGACUUGCCAGAUUACUAUAUUAUUUCGUGUGACUUAUAUGUUGAAAUAAUUGCAGGUAGUGGACCUUCAUCGCCUUCAUUAUCAGUUCGGCUUUACAAUGGAAAUGGAGAUUUCUUACUUAAGCAAGAUGAGGAAAAUGUAUCUCCAGAGAGUAUGUGCUCAAGAAGGCAAGAGUUAUAUUAGAUGGCUUUAUCUGACAAAAAAAAAGGGUCUUAAGUCAUUUAAUCAUAGUGGGAAGGCUAACCCUUCCUUGGAGAAUCUGAACAAGAUUCCCAUCAGAUGAUACCAUGCAGCUGCAUAUACUAAUGAAACCAUACAAUGAUGGGAAGUUUAUGAAGCCAUUCUUUUAUUAUGAGAAUCUGAGGAACAUAAUCCUCAUAAAAGUUUUUGUGUAGUGUAGAGUUUGCAAGAUGGUUCUGGAACUAAUGCUUUGAAGGGUACAUAAUGUACAGCGUUUCUUUUGUCAUUAAUAUUUUUGGUUUGUUUACUUGUCAAAAGUAGCCAUUAGAUUGAGAUUGGUUGUAUGUGUGAGGCUCACAUAAACCAAGAAUGUGAAUGGGGAUAGAGAUUAGUUUGUAAAACCAUUUGCA